AUGUGGACCACUGCAAUCCCGCUCCGGCGCUGUGCCCCAUACGCCGCCGUUGCCUUCUUCACGAUUUUUGUGCUCGCGGCUGUUCGCUUCAACGUUCUCGACUCCGCGAGAGACCUUGGAGGGGCCGUGGCCAAGGCCAAAGGAGCUGAGCCAUGUACAGUCAGCCCGCGAAUGCCAUUACGCAUAAUGCCACUUGGGGAUUCCAUCACAUUCGGAAUGGGCAGCGCUUGGGGGAACGGUUACAGAGCAUUCUUGUAUGACUACUUGAUGGCCAGCUGUGGACAGCGAGAAGUCACAUUCAUCGGUAAGGGCUUCUGUACGGCAUGUCGGCCACCGCUCACACCAAUGCGCAGGCUCUCAACACUCUGGUCCCAUGUCAAACGGCGAGACAGAAGGCUAUCCAGGCUAUUCAAUCGCCUCAAUAGCCAACAAGACCCAACCUGCCCUCUCCGACUCCCUCGAUCGAAAGCCGAACGUCGUCCUUCUUCACGCCGGCACCAACGAUUUUGCCCCCUUUCCACACGACGAUGAACCAAAUGGAGAAGCACCAGAGCGACUGGAGUGGCUAAUCGACUAUAUCUUGCAGAAGAUUCCAGAGACUACUUUGAUCGUUGCGCAAAUAAUAAGUUGUCCUCUGGAAGGCUUUCGAGAUUGGAUUCCUAUCUUCAAUGCGGCGAUUCCACACAUUGUGGAGAAGAAGGUAGCCAGCGGCUUCAAGGUGUUAGUAGCUGAUAUGAGCCAGAUCGGAAUCGAUGGGAGCGGAGAUCUGGUUGAUGACUUACACCCUGGUGAUCACGGUUACGAGAAGAUGGCCAAGCUUUGGCAUCAGGCCUUGGAAACCGCAAGCGAAGCAGGCUUGAUCACACAGUAA